GAAGUCGGCGGCCGACAACUUGUCAAGAGACGUUCUCAAAACGGACUCCAAGAUUUUGUUUUUGCGAAUCAAAGGUCGAUAUUAUUCCAACUGAAUAGAGUCCUUGCUUACAAUGCAAUGUAAAGAUUUUCAGACCAGUUUCGUUUGUCUGACGUUGGAUGUGUGGUUCGGUUAUUGCCAAGAAUUCUUGUGUUCAAGUACCCAGUACCACCGAUGAUGUAAUUCGCCGUUAUCCUCAUGCUUAACUAUCUGCAUCUUGCGUUACUGUCCUAUUUUCUUACAAUGGCCAGCAGUUACAUGAGCACCUAUACUCUGGAAGCUCUAGCCCCGGUGAACUGUUCGUCCAUAUACUCCAGCGCCUUGGCCGACGUUUCAGCUAGGCUUGCCUUGGGGGAUAUCAACGCUUCAACUCCUGGGAUCAUACCGGCCAACGUCACGCUGGCACUCCGCGUACGGGAGACUCACUGCUCCUCGAACAAGGAGCUAUUGUCGGUGGCGGCGUUGGCUUUGGACACGGACCUGGAUGCCAUUUUAGGCCCUGUACACUGGAUGUCCUGCGACCCAGCAGCUCGGCUGGCCGAAGCUCGAGGUGUGCCUCUCGCUUCCUGGUCUUGUACCGAUACCAGACUUGCUGACCAUAACGCCUACCCAGCUUUCAUAAGGAUGAGCGUAUCAGACGCCGAAGUUGCCAGAGCCUUUCUGGCGACGGUGGAUCAUUUCGGCUGGAAGUACUCCGCGAUCCUUGCACUGGAUGAGCCCCAAUGGACAAUUCUUGCCAUUGAGAUUAAAAAUUCAUUGAAUGAGGGUGGAUAUGUCGUAGAACAAUUUCUGACUGUAACUGUCGGAGCGGCUGAUGACGAAUUCAAGACUGCCUUGAAGAAAAUCUUUUCACCCGUUAAAGCAAUAAUAGUAUGCAUGCCCUCCCCUGCUCUUGGGACAGACGACCAGAACAACUUACUACUCGCUGCAUCAGAUCUCGACAUGACCACUGGUAGUUACGCUUUUUUCCUCGUUAGUACACUAUUUGGGGUUCGGCUGGAGACCCAUAACUGGUUCAGAUCACACCAAACCAGUCAGAACCGGCUGAAGUCAGCUUACGAGGCAGCGUUUGUACUGACGGUGCAACCAGCUGGUCUGGGGACGCGUUACGAGCAAGGAAUGGACAGAUUUCAUAAGACACUGGACGGCGAGCCGUUUGCCAGUAAGAUUGCAGGUCAUGAGGUUUCUACGCUGUUCGGUUAUGUCUACGACUCCGUGUAUCUCUAUGCAAGAGCCGUCGGCUCUACUUGGAAAACUGUUAAACCGUCUCCCACGGCUGUUUGGGCCGCCAUGCGCAAUCUCACAUUCGAGGGCAUCUCGGGAAAUGUCACAAUUGACGCCGAGGGUGCUCGGGUCUUUGAGUUUGUUCUUCUGGACUACAAAGCAGAGUCCCAAAGAUUUGGGGUCGUCAAAACUAUUGAGCGGGCAGAUGACAAGAGUGAUAUGGGAGAGGGUCAAUAUUUAGUCCGAGAAUUGGCGGGAAGUGAAGUGCAAUGGCCACAAGGCAGUGUGCUUGGUCCAGAUGAACAGUGCAUUUUGGACGGUACUGUUUGCCCCACUGACAUCCCUGGAGGUCCAGUAGUGUCCACUGUGAUAGCCGCAGUAGGGGGCGCCCUAGGCGUAUGUCUGGCUAUAUCAGUUGCCAUAGCAGUGGUUAUUGUUGUCAGGAGACGGAUGUUAAAAUCAGAAAUGGCCAGCGGUUUGAACAAGGUCCUUAUGACGGAAGGAGACUUGAUGUUUGAGCGGUCGUCGGGGGAAUUCGGAAGCUCACGGGGUAUUCCGGAUAGUAGAAGGACUCAAGGGAGCCAACAGACACUCAAGGAAAGAUCCAUCCAUUCAGGUCAAAGAAAGGAAUCCGUCCCAGCCAAGAUCGAAAUCACUAAGCGCUACAAAGUGGCCCGUUAUAAUGGAGAACUGGUUUUUGUCAAGAACAUUAAAAGGCCAACGUUCGAAAUAAAAAGCUCACUACUGCGACAGAUGAAGUCGGUCCGCGAUUUACGACACGAAAACAUCAACCCUUUUAUUGGCUGUUACUCAGAGCCAGGCGAUUACUACUGGGUGUAUGAAUAUUGUACCCGAAUGAGCCUCAGGGAUAUCUACAGUAAUGAAAACUUAAAAUUGGAUUGGACUUUCAAAUCCUCUUUACUAGUGGAUCUAGUCUCAGGAAUGCGGUAUUUGCAUGAUAGUCCCGUCAAGCAACAUGGUCGACUGACGUCAUCAAAUUGCGUCAUCGACAGCAGAUGGGUUCUGAAAGUGACCGAUUAUGGAAUCCCUGCCAUGUUGUCGACACAGGGCCAUAGCGACGAGAUUGUUUAUGAAGAGCCUGAAGAUUUAUUGUGGACUGCACCUGAGCUUCUUCGCGAUCCCGUCUUAAAGAGGACAGGAACGCCAAAGGGUGAUUUCUACAGCUUUGCCAUUAUCCUGUCGGAAGUCCUGACGAGAGCUGAGCCGUUCUCCAUGCUAAACAUUACUCCAAAAGAAAUAGUUGCCAAAGUCCGGAAGCCUCCACCUCUUUGUCGACCCUCUGUGUCUCAGAAUGAAGCACCAAGAGAAGUGAUUGAAAUCAUGAAGCAGUGUUGGUCUGAGAUGCCUGAUAUGAGGCUAGACUUUGGCUUCAUUUACCAAGAAUUCAAGAAACUCAACAGAGGAAGACGGGCCAACAUUGUGGACUCCAUGUUUAAGAUGCUUGAAUACUCCAAUCAUCUGGAGGACCUGAUCCGGGAGAGAACGGCAGAGCUGGAUGAGGAGAAGGCUAAAACAGAUAUGCUUCUCAACCGGAUGCUUCCACCGAGUGUUGCUUCGGAAUUGAAGGCAGGCCGCACUGUACCUCCAGUCAGUUUCUCCAGUGUCACCAUCUUCUUCUCUGACAUCGUUGGCUUCACAACAAUCUCAGCUCAGAGCACCCCUUUUCAAGUGGUCGACUUCCUGAAUGAUUUGUACACGGCCUUCGAUGACACACUGACCUACCACGACGUGUACAAGGUUGAGACCAUCGGUGAUGCGUACAUGGUUGCCAGCGGCUUACCAAUUACAAAUGGGGACAAACAUGCCGGCGAGAUUGCCAAUCUAGCCCUGGACCUUCUGCAUGUUGCAGGCUUCCAGUUCACUAUCAGACACAUGCCUCAUGUGCCGCUCCGAUUGCGAAUCGGCAUCCAUUCAGGGCACUGUGCAGCGGGUGUGGUUGGUCUUGCAAUGCCAAGAUAUUGUCUAUUCGGUGACACAAUCAACACAGCAUCUCGAAUGGAGUCUAAUGGCAUGGCGUUUCGCAUCCACGUUAGCCAAUCCACCCUGACGAUUCUUGAAGACCUUGGUGGAUACCAAGUCGAACUCAGGGGAGACGUGUACUUAAAGGGGAAAGGCAUGGCGCGGACAUAUUGGUUAGUAGGAAGGAGUGGCUUCACAAAACCACUGCCUGAUUGGAAGAGUGCCAUAGAACCGGAAGUGCAAACUCCGGCCAUUCCUCCUGAUCCACCAUCAACGAUUGUAACAUCCACCAUCAAUCAAACUACAUCCGAUAUUCAGCCGACGGACAGCUUAUUAAAUGGAAGACAGCGUGUUGGCUCAGUGUCUAGUCUCUUGACUGUCCCUGACGGUGCCUCCGACGCUGAGGUAGAACCAGACGACAAUUCGUCCCUCUCCAACGAUGAGGGUGUUUUGGCGACCGAAAUGACAACGACUUUAUAUUCGCGCACCAGGGAUUACUUGAGCAACAUGUCAAGUAGCAGGCCAGGUAGUGGCAUCAGCUUGGCCAAUCCGAGUAGUCGCCCCUCUAGCCGGCCCGGUAGCGCCUCCUGGAGUGCCGUCGAUCCUUCCAGCCGUCCGACUAGUCGUCUUUCUAGCCGUUUGUCUAAUUUCCUUGCCAGUAGCCGUCCGUCCAGCCGUUCCCCAUCACCUGCGUCAAGGUGCAGUAGCUCGCCCAAGCGACGUGUGCAUAUCGUCAUUACAGACUCUGACAUCACAACCAAUGUCACAGCAAAUGCGUAACUUCAAGUUCAAAAGUCACUGACCACGUAAUCAGCAUAAUAGCAUUGAUGCCCAUUGAUGCCGAAGCAUCAUUUAUAUCCCGCUUGGCUGUUUCUAAUAGCAGCAUAGUUAUGUAAUCGAUUUAAGUCGGAACAGUUUUACAACAAAUCAGCAAUUUUUCUAUUCGAUUGUUGUUUUGGUAGCUUCGAUCUUAGCUUACAUUUUUUCAGCUUAGUUUUGAUUCUAAAAUUGCUUUCAUUUGCCAUCUAAUAUAAACGAACUUAAUCACAAGCUUCACCCCAGUUAGAAGUUCCUUAUUAUUAUUGCUUAACACGACUACGGUUUCUCUAUCAUGAUAAUUUUAAACUAACAGUUUUUGUCUUUUUAAAUUUACAUAAUACCAUUCUUCAUUUUUAAAUUCAAUUAUUCUCACAAUUUACAUAGAUAAUGGCUACAUACAAAUUCUUUUUUGGAUUAUCUGGAAAAUGGCUGAUGUUUCUGUAGUUUUUGAGAAGCUUGCGGGCCCUAGUCAGGUCUGAAAUAAGUUAAUUUGAAUCUACUAGAAAGACAAGCUCUGAUGACAGCCAUAUAGAAGAGGGGGUUAGUUAAAGAGUGAGUGAUUGUGAGUCUGUGGGUUAUUGGAGGGAACAAAUGUGAGAGUGUGGGACACAUCUGUGAGUACAUAGACCUGUGAAAUGAGUUAUCAAUAAUGGUUUCAUCUGAGGAUUUAAAUUUGAUUUCGAUUCAUAAGCUUGCCAUAAUCAUAACGGAAGUGAUUUUAUUAGCGAGUUGGAACAAUACCAACAUCUUGCCACAAAAGAACAAAUUUAUCGCUAAGAGAUCAAAGUAAUUUAAAUUUCGUAACAUUUAAAUUAUAGGAGAAUUGAUUCAGGAUGUUUAGUUAAGAAUUAUGUGUGUGCUUUUAUAUAACACUUAACGUGCAAUAAGUAAAAUAAUGCUGUGCGACAUUCGUGUAUGAAGAAAUUAACUUAUUUGGACAGACAAGUUCAUGUAUUUAUUUUGAAAGUUUAUUUUCAUGACUAGUAUCAAAACGUAUCAAAUACUGAUGUACAGGAGACUAAAAAAUACCCAAAUGAUAUUGGUCACCAUGUUGCACUAUUUUUGUAUGCACUGUUUAUACUCUUCAUGACACAAAAAAGAAAUUAUGCGUGUAUGAACAAUAAUUUAUCAGUUUCAUUCUUUGUCAAUCAGACUUGAAUAAAAUAUAUUGUGCAAUGGAAUUAAUAUAUAAGUGAGAAAGUAGAACGAU